AUGUUCAUCGAUGAAGUUCAGCAAUUGGACUAUGAUCUGCAUAACUCCAUCAAGGAGUGUGGUAGCGCGCUUAACGACGAUCUGGAGGGGGUUUUGACGUGGUUGAACCCGAACGAAGCCGAAAGUAACCAUCAAUUAAGGCCGCCUAGUUUACGCAUAAAGAGUGGAAUCCGACAUUUGAGUAAACAGUUCGAAACAAAAUCAACUCUCCCCGACUUACUCAAGACUUUUAUGGUGCUGAACAUCCGGGUACAUUUUUUUCGUCAUUAUGAAGAGCUCUGCAAUUUCAAGCAGGUGCAGAAGCUAGAGAGAUACUAUCGAUAUCCAUUCAGAUUUAUAAAGAUAAUAUCUGACCAUGAACUUAACAUGGAAUUCAAGCAAAUGCGAUGCUAUCUCGUUUCUAAGCGUCCUGUCUUAUGUGAAAACAUCGAGGAGCAGAUGCGAUUACAUUUCAUGGAAGAUGACUUCGAUAUAGCUGAGGAAAUGCGGGAUUGGUUGUCGCAGGCGAUGGACAAUUCUUGCAUGGAUCUCUUCCUGGACAUGUUGCUGGAACGAAUCCGAGUGUUUUCUGAACAACAGAUGAGAGGUUAUUGGAAUCAGAAUUCGUGCACAGCGAAGACGUACGAGCUUUUCGUCAAAAACCAGUGGCCAAAUAUCGCCAGGUUUCUGAACUGCCCCGAGAAUGACAAUGAACUUCUCUCUCAAAUUCUGGAGUGUUUCCAGAGCGAAUAUGUUCGCGUGUGUGCUUCUGAUAUUUAUGAAUUGUUUGUCCUUCAAUAUCCAGCGUCGAAACCCGCAUUGGUGGAGCUCCGUUCCAUCAUAAAAACUCCAUAUGGUCACAAAGAGCUCAUUGAAGGUUUUCUUCAGCAAUUUAAGAUGAAAGCGCUAAACUCUAGUAUCACGACGGCAGAAAUUCUUUUAUCAUAUGUGAGAGCUAUCAAAAGCGUGUUUACGGUAGACGUUUCGGGAACUUAUCUGCCAGCAAUCACGGAACUUGUAAAACCGUGUCUAAUGGAGAGACAUGACGCUGUGAGAACUUUUCUGUACGCACUGUUGGAGCUGAACUCAGAAGAGAUACAAGAUUCAUCUUUCACGGCAAGUACCAUGAGCGUCCUGGCUGAGUUGUCUAGCGAGCUUAAAGACAAGAGAUUUGCUUCGUUUGAUGCCCCCGCAACGGAGGCGAGGCCUUCGAUUGCAAAUGAUUUGGGCGGCAACCUUUUGCGACCUUUCCACGAAAAGAUUCUUGAUCGGUUCUUAAACUGGACUCCAAAGCCUCUGGAGUCUGUAAAAACUGAUUCUGACGCUCUUCUAAUGAACAAGAGUUUGCUUGAUUUUGCAUUUGAGGUUUUUGAUUCCAGAGAGAUGGUGUUUGCCGAGUUUAUUGGCAUCUUCACCAACAAACUUCUCGGAUUGAAGGAUUACAAGUUAGAUUCCAAAUGGGUUAAGACGCUUAAGGUUUUGAGAAAGAAGGCGGAAUUCAAGUCAGUUUCUGGAGUUCAAGAAGUGUCAAAUAUCAAUAACAUAGAUGUGAUGUUGCGUGACAUGCGGGACAGUAGUCAGCUUUGCGAACAACUGCACCAAUUAGAAGGACUGGACAACAGAUUCUUUCCCAAAAUUAUAUCAUACUUGUUUUGGAAGGUGGAAAUUGAUCUCGUUUCUCCGAAAAAUGAGGAUUUCGAGAUGCCCGUGUGGUUAAAGACAGAAUUGAAGAGAUACACAGAAGCAUUCUCUCGAUUGAAAGUAGGUCGCAAAUUUGUGAUCCACAAGCAUUUGUCAACGGUAAGUUUGCGAUUAAGUUUUGAAGAUGGCAGAGUUAUCAAAUCGGAAGUUGAUUUUGUGAAAGCCAGUGUAAUUUCUUGUUUCCUUUCUUCAAAAUCAGAUUCGGGCCUAACUACGCACCAAAUUGCUGAUCGCACUCGUCUUACACUUGCUGUCAUCGAGCAAACGUUGGAAUUUUGGGAAAAGGUGGGGGCCAUUUACCUUGAGCCGGGAAAUGAGUGCUAUAGGAUUUUAGAGAACUUCGAUAGCCUCAAUGCCAGACAAAAUAAGUCAAAAGAAAAACUUUCCACUGGUGAGAGAGACGCAAGAGAAACUGGAGCGCGUGCUGAUGAUGAGCAUCAGGCUUUCAUGUUGUCCAUGUCCAAGGUGUGGCCGUUUAUCCAAGGGAUGUUGAUGAAUCUGGGAAGUCUAAAAGCGAGUAAAAUUCAUUCUUUUCUAAAAAUGGCCGUACCAUCAGAAAUCGGCUUUUCGGCGACACCAGCUCAACUCGAGUCGUACUUGAGAGCUUUGGUCGAUGAAGAGAAACUGUCUGUCGCUGACAACGGAAGUUAUAAGUUGGUUCGGUAG